AUGGGCAAAUGUUUUCAUGGGCUUGCAGGUUGCAGCACAACUCCCAAUGACCUUGUGUUCAUCAUCGAUGGGUCCUCGAGCUUGGGGAUCCCCAAUUUUGAAACUGCCAAGCGUUGGCUCAUCAACAUCACCAGUGGCUUUGACGUGAGCGCCAGGUACACUCAGGUAGCAGUUGUUCAGUACAGCGACACCCCUCGACUGGAGAUUCCUCUGGGAAAGCAUGAGAACAGCCAGGAACUCAUCGAGGCAAUCACAUCCAUCUCAUACCUGGGGGGCAACACACGGACAGGCCGCGCCAUCAAGUUCGCCACAGACCAUGUCUUCGGGAUGCCUAACCGCACAUCCCAGUCUCCCAGAAACCGCAUCGCCGUGGUUCUCACCGAUGGGCGUUCUCAGGAUGACGUUGAGGAUGCUGCCAUGGAGGCCAGGGCACAGAAUAUUGUUCUGUUUGCAGUCGGUGUAGGAAAUGAGAUCUCUAACUCUGAGUUGGUGUCUGUGGCCAACAAGCCAACUUCAACUUACGUGCUACAUGUGGAGGAUUAUAACUCCAUUGCAAGCAUAUGGGACCUGAUGGAGCAGAAACUGUGUGAGGAAUCAGUGUGUCCGACACGGAUCCCUGGGACGGUAAACAAUCAGAAGGGCUUUGAUUUAAUGAGCCUGAUGAAGAUUGAGCAGGUGGCUCAGAAGGUUCAGGGCUCUUUGAUAUCAGAGAGAGCAUCCCAGCUCAGCCCACGUAUGGACAUCACCCACAACACCAGAGAGAUCUUUCCAGAAGGCCUUCCACCAGCUUUUGUGUUUGUGGCCACUCUGCGCUUGAAGAACCCAGCUCACUGGAUGAAGUUUGACCUGUUUAGAGUGUUAUCUCAAGACGGGGUUAAGCAGAUCGCUGUGACUGUGAACGGAGCAGACAAAUCGGUCACUUUCACCUGCACCAGCACUCUGAAGAAAGAGCAGACAGUCAUAUUUAAUGACCGAGGCAUCAAGAGGCUCUUUGACACGGAUUGGCAUCAGCUGAAGUUCCUGGUGAAGCCCAAACGUAUCACUUGUUUCGUAGACGGUGCAUACGUGGAGGAGCAGCUCCUAGGUGCAGUUGUUCCCAUCUACAUUAAUGGAAAGACACAAGUAGCCAAGAAAAUUAAUAUUGAGACUACAGUCCCUAUAAUGCUGCAGAAGUUGCGGAUCUACUGUGAUCCUCAGCAAAGUGAGCGAGAGACAGCAUGUGAAAUUUACUCUGUGUUUAUUUUUUAUGUGCAAUGUGUUAUAUAUUCCUAGUGUCCUUCGGAUCGCUCUCCUGGUGUAGAAGGCUGUGAUUGUCCUAGUGGUAAACCUGGCCUACCCGGUCUACCUGGGCCUAUGGGCUUCAGAGGGGAGAAAGGCAGAGAAGGACCCCCUGGCCCUGAUGGCAAACCUGUACGUACAGAGAAAAGGGAGCAUCUGGAGAGCCUGGUCGAGAUGGACAGAAAGGUGAAGGAGGCGAACCAGGACAAAAGGGGGAGCGAGGGCUGGAAGGACCCAAAGUAUAAAUGGGACCACCAGGGCCUUCAGGACCAACAGGAAUCCCAGGAGUACCAGGGGAAAUGGGACCACCCGGAAAACCGGGAAUGAAUGGAGAUCCUGGGAAACCUGGUCUACCUGGACCUGCUGGUCCCAAGGGAGAGAAAGGAGAUGUUGGUGCAGAAGCGUCAGAUGGACAACCAGGAAUCCCUGGUAUGCGUGGGCUUCCUGGAGAGAUAGGCCCUGCUGGACCUCAAGGACCCCCAGGCCCAGUUGGCCCACCUGGCAUAGAAGGUCCUCCAGGUCCAAAAGGGAAUUUUGGCUCUCGCGGACAGGAUGGGCUCCCUGGACCACCUGGUGCUAAAGGUUCAGAUGGAGAUCACGGCAUUCAAGGUCCCCCUGGCAUUAGAGGUCUGCCAGGGUUUAAAGGUCAUAAGGGUGACUCAGGAUCAUCUGGACCAAAGGGAAGGUGAGAAAGGAAACCAGGGAGAACCUGGAGGUCAACCAGGGCUGAACGGGAACAAAGGAGAGCCAGGUGUAGCAGGGGAGCCUGGGAGCAGAGGGGCUGAUGGGAAAAAGGGAGAUGUGGGUCCAUCAGGGCCACCUGGAUCUCAAGGCCUUGCGGGUCUAGAUGGUUUACCAGGGCAGCCAGGACUUCCAGGAUACCCAGGGAAACCAGUGAGCCAGCUGCCACAGUUCCUGCAGGUGAUGGGCCAAAGCAGCUGCCAACACUGUGAACCCAAACAAGGACCACCAGGCAAUCCAGGUCCCACAGGCCCAACAGGCCCAUCUGGACCCCCAGGAUAUCCCGGCAGGGCAGGGUCUCCAGGCUACCCGGGACCUCCAGGGAGGCGGGGACCUGAAGGAGUUAAAGGUGAUAUUGGCCCAGUGGGCAUGAAAGGUGCUAAGGGAGAGGGUGAAAUGGGGUUGCCAGGUCCACCUGGUCCAGCAGGUUUGCAGGGCCCACGUGGAGGUGACGGUGAGGGAUAUCCUGGGCCUUCUGGUCCACCAGGGAAACCUGGCACUCCGGGCACCCCAGGCAAACAUGGGCCCCCGGGACCCAUGGGGGUUUGUGACCCGUCCUCAUGUUAUCAAGCCUAUGGCUUUCAGGACGAUCCUUUCAGGAAAGGACCUAACUUUUAGUAUCGGGACAGAGGGAUCGUACUGAUUCUGUACAGCUUUUUCUCUCUCGAAAGGACCUUUCUGGUCCUCAGCCUUAACCUCAAGAACUCAUAACCUCUAAAGAAUGAUGAUCUUGACUUUAAAUGUGUGAUGCGUUUUCCUGUUUGAGAAUCUUGUGUUGAAUGUGUUAAAUCAUGAAUCCAUGUUUUUGAUUGAUUUUGAUGCAUGUCCUGGCUGCUCUAUUCCAAAGUGGCUCCAGUAGAACUCAUGCAUUAUAUUCCAAGUUUUCUGAAGCCUUUGUGCUAGAAACGGGCUAAAAAUUUAAUUCAUUACUUGGUGAAAAUGCUCUCAAACAUCAUGCACGUUCACGUACUGUACAUACAUCUUUGAUUCUCUUGUGUCCUGUGACCAAUUUCAUUUUCAUUUUCAACUUUCAUUUUUUGGGUGAAUUGUUCCUAUUGCUAUACUGUAUCCACUGCACUGCCCUAGGCAAGCUACCUCUGUACAGGAUGUGAAGCAGUUUCUACGGGCUAUACGCUGAACGCUUAUGUUCAAAUUUGAGAAUAAUUCUGCUCAAGGGCUAUUUGUUAGUUUUCAUAGGAACAAUUUUACUACUUAAACAUUUAUUAUUAUUAUUAUUAUUAUUUAAUUAUACUUUUAAUUGUUUGAGAAUUUGUCUUGUAGGUUUUAGCAGUAAUCGUAGUAGUGUAGUUUUGGCAUGUCUAUUUUUGACUGGAUAGAUUUGUGCAAAGAUCAGCAUUUAACAUCUAUUUAUUAUUUAAUGUUUCCUGUUUAUGUUCUUUUUUUAUUAAUGCACGUAGGAUUUUAGACUUUUACUGAGUUGAUCAUUUCAUUUGUGCAGCUGAAAUUUGGAAUUCUUAAAAUUACAAUAAAUAUUUUAGAAUUUUAA